CAUGGCCUCAAAACCAGGCUGGAACAAGAGUGUGUGUUUGUGCUUUGGUUACCCAGUCUUGAGUUUACAAGAAGGAUUUACACGCUACAUGCGCAGUCAGCACUUUAAUAGAGACUAAAAUGGGUAAAAGUAAAACCACUAAAUUUAAACGUCCGCAGUUUAACACGGUCGGGUUGCCGGUUAAUGCUGUGAAGGAAGUGGACGCUGAGGAAGAUGACCACGGGGAGGAUAGUUGUCCAGCUGCGGAGCUGUUGGAGAAAUUGGGGAGUCCCAGUGCAGAUGUGCGAGAGUUUGCAUGUGCCAGCAUUUCUCGGGUGGUGCAGCAGAGUCAGACCAUCCCAGGUUUCCUCCAGAGGGAUGCCGUGAGACGCCUAGGGCCCAUGCUGCUGGACAGCAGCCUGGCUGUCAGGGAGACUGCCACUGGAGCGCUCAGGAAUCUGAGUGCAUGUGGAGGUCAGGAGGUGUGCGAAGACAUGGUGAAGCACGACGUCAUGACUCCUCUGACAGCACUGCUUAGAGAGUGCUGUGCUGGUUUUGAGAGCGCCACUGUGCAGAUGAAAGACCAGAAGAAUGCAGUGGAGGAUGUAGCCUAUGAGGCUGUGAACUUACUGUGGAAUCUAUGUGAGAGCAGCAGCCAGUCGCUGUCCGUCUUCAACAAAGCGGGGCUCCUGGAUUUGGUUGUCCAGUGUCUGGAGAGACACCCACACAAUGUACAACUGGCCAUAUCUGCCGCUCACUGUUUGCAAACUGUGACUGAGGACAACCCAGAGCUGCUGUGUAGCAUGAACGCUGCGGUGCUUGGAGUCAUGGAGAGCGUGCUGCUGACAUCUCAGCCAGACAUGGCACACACUCUCCUCAGGACACUGGCUGCAGGGACACUAUGGAACAUGAAGGGCAGUCUGCCUGCUGCCCGUCAGGCCCAGACCCUCAACGCUGCGGUGGCCACCUUGUCACAGUGCUUGGAUCUCGACCCAGGUACACUGAUACCUGAACUCAGAGGAGCAGAAGAGCUUCGUCACAAAAACGCACCAGCUGGGGCAGAACAUGAAGACCACGCUGCGGGAGACCUCGCUGUGGCAGAGAUGGACGAGGAGGACGAGGAAGAACCUAAACACAAGAGGAAUGGAAAAGCUGCGAGGGUUGACAACGACUUCUCUGACCUGUUGCCUAGGGACAAGGAGGAGCUGAGGGAGGCAACAGCCUUGCUGACAGCCCAGCAAACGUCCUUAGAGAUCAUCGUCAACAUGUGCGCCUCUGACGACCCUUCUGACGAUGAGUGGGAGGAAGAGUCGAGCAGUGAUGAAAGCGACAUGGGUCCAGACGGUCUUUGUGACGCAGUGUCCAAUCUUAUGUCUCCACUGUGUUUGUCAGCUGAGGUUCACGGGGCUUUGAUCAACCACAGCAUUCCAGAAAAGGUCCUCAAAAAGACCGAAUUUACCAGAAAAGAAGCCAUGGAUGUGUGCCAACAGAAUCCCUCCUGGAAAGGCCUGAUAAAAAAGAUGCAGCGUGUGCAAUCCCGGGCGCUGACCUGCCUCCACAGCAUCCUCUCCACCAUGGACGCUGAGUCUCUGGGAGGACCGACAGCCCUGCAGGGAGCAGCACAGCACCUGUCCACGCUGGUUUUUGGAGCAGCAGAGAUACCCAAAGAUGAGGAGUUCCUCGAGGCCGUCAUCAGCGCCAUGCGCUCUCUUUUACAGAUGAUUGCCUCCAAAAAUAUCCCCCAGUGUAUGACCCCCCAGCAGUUGAUGAGCCUGAGCGAAGCAGCCACCCGCUGCGAUGUUGUCAGUGUGAGGGUCAACGCCGUCGCCAUUCUGGGCAUCACUGGAAACACAUUAGCCAAAGAGAAGGGCACUGCUGAAACCCUUCAGAUGAUCGGAGACGCCUUACUUCAAGUUGCCACGAGGGAUGCCGACCUGGUUGUAAAUGGAGAGGCACUGGACGCCUUGUUUGAUGUUUUUGCGGACGGAGACGAGGCAGAGACAGCUGCCAAAAACAUCCGCUUACUACCUGCACUGAAGGCACUUCAACCAGUCUUUAAAGCCAAGAUUCGUAAAGAAGGAAGAGGCAAGUACAGCCCCCAGCAGCUGUGCGUGCUCGACAACAUCAAAGUCAACCUGAGAAGAUUCAUUGGAUACCUGGAAAAGGUGGUGAAAAAAUAAUAACUUCAAUCAGUUGAACUUGUACGGUUUGGACAGAAGUGCUAUCAUGAGCACAGAAUGGAACAGUAUGUGGUCAUGAAACCAAGUAUUUAUUAUGUUGGUAUUGAACCAUUUUUUUCUCCUUGGUUUCAAUGUUAAUAGUCUCUAAAAUAAUGAUUUACUUGUGAGAGUUUAUUUGAGAAGAAAAACGGGGUGAAGUCUGAUAUUAGUUAUUAGUUACUGUAGGUUGCAGUAAAGAGAGGAUUUAUAUUUUUGCUCCCUUAGUUGAUAUGUAUCAUUCAAACCAAAAUGGUUGUCAGACUUAAAUUUGUAUAAUUUCAUGUCCCCCGAGAAUGCUUUUAAGAGAUCAGGUUCAGCGCUGACAUGUGUCAUGUGUCCCUUUUUAAAAAAAAUGUUGUCCCAUGUUUCAAUGGGCCGAUCAUUGACGUUAACACAGUUCUGCUAGAGGUGGAAGGCAGGGCUUUUCUACAUUACAGACCUUUUAUAGGAAGUAUCAGUUCCUCUUGUGUGAUUUGAUAUUGUGUAAUACAGUAAUAAUUUUUCUCGAGAUAUAAAAUUGGCUUGCUUAAAGAGAAACAAAAUAAAAAUUACUAUGGAAUUUCAGUUACUUACUAAGCUACAAGAGUUUGACAUGUUCUCUGCCAAGGUUGAGGUAACAUUCAACUCUAUUGGGACGGACACAUUAGCCUUAAACACAUAUUCUCUACCUCUGCCCAUCCCUCCACCUCCCAUCUCUGCCAGCAGAGUGUUGUCUUUUGCAGUAUUUUUGAACUUUGCUGUCUGCAAGUCACGACGGCAGCCAGCUUUUUACUUAAUGCAUUCUUGACAUUAACAAAAAGCAACUGCCACCUGAUCCAUAGUUUAUCAUGCUUCGAGUAACUGAAAACGUCAUCUCAUUAGCUUUCAUUAAUGCAAUAAACGGUGAAGAUUGAAUGGUGACUUGCACCCACGAAUGCUGUUUACCGUAAAUAUCUAAAUGAGCUGUGAUAGUUCUUAUGUUGUAAGAGCCAGUCACAGCUUUCUGGGUUCCGAUAACUUUUCAGGAAAAUGUUAUUGAAAUUAAAUAUAUCACUGAAAAAGAAAUAUUCAAAGGUACAUGUGAUUAUGUGAAUGGCUCUUUGAAAUAAAUCCUGAUU